GGUUGGCCCAGCGAAAGCAGCUCCUCGCCGGCCGCUUUGAGACCGAAUGCUGUCAUCUUGCUUGGGAAGAAACUUAUUGGACGCAUUAGUAGGUCACCUCAGAAUAGACUGAUCUGACUGACCCAGGGAGGAUGGCAUUCACGCUGGAUAUCUCUGGUGUCAAUGUCCGUGGAUCCUGGUUAUAACUGCAACGCACGUGACUUGCUGGGGCCCCAAUUUCACCGCGAGCGAGGUUGUCAAGUGAUUGACUAGGGGAUGGAUUCAUAAGACGUUUCCGUUUGUUAGAUGAGGGGAGACGAACCGGCUGCUUUGCUAGGCUGAUCUGCACACUGAUUCAGACGACGCGCUUUCUGAGAGAGAGAGGAGGAAGAAAACGCACAGCUCCACGUCCCGCUCCCGUCCCCGCUCAGCAGAUUCUCGCUCCAGGGGACGACCGAGUCCGUCGAAGAUA